AUGGCAUCAGAGGUUACUUACGCUGAGGUAAAGUUCAAGAAUGCACCACCACCACCUGCAGAGACCAAAGUACCUCCAGAGAAGAGCACGGCGCAGAGUGCACUCCAGAAGCCCACGUGGCGAUUCCUGUGGUUGGUCUCAGCACUGUUGCUGUUGCUGUGUGUCUCUCUCCUCAUUGCCCUCAUUGUCACUCUACUCAAGGGAACUGGAGGCGGUGAAGAGCACAAGGCCCUGCCCCAGAGUUCUGCAGAGUGGCAUUGUGUCCUGGGGAGAGCUGAGGAGAAAGGGCAAGUCUGGACGUGCUGCCCCAUGGGCUGGAAGCACUUUCAGUCCAGCUGCUACUACUUCUCUAUAGACACCAUGAACUGGGGUGACAGUGAGAGGAACUGCACAGGGAUGAGCUCCCACUUGGUGGUGAUCAACACAGGAACUGAGCAGGAUUUCAUUUUCAAUUGGACAAAAGGAACUGUUACAUCCAUCCCAAAAAAGAAUUACUAUAUCGGUCUGACAGAUCAGGCACAGGAAGGCCAGUGGCACUGGGUGGAUCAGACUCCAUAUAAUGAGACUGCAGCAUUCUGGAGACAAGAUGAACCCAGUAAUGGCAACACGGAGAACUGUGCUGUCGUGCAUAUAGAGACAAAUGCAAAUAGGAAGAAUUGGAAUGACAUUCCGUGUUCCACUAAAGUACAUAGAAUUUGUGAAACUGCUGCAACAAGUUUUUGA